CACGAUCACACAGCUGAGCACGCCCUCUUUCAAACCGGCCAAAAAAAAAAAAAAAAGGAGGAGAACUCAACAGUAGAACUUGGUAGAGAUUCUCCUCCUCCCAAGUUGGCUCUAGGGUUUCUUCGGAUGAAAUCCAACUUGAUGCAGUGUUGUUGUACUGCAAUUCUCUCUAUCAUUCGAUUGGUAUUGGUAGAUAAAAAGUCAAGUUAAAAUUUGGUUCUUUUCCUAAUUCCUCUAUGGCAGAGACUUCCCGUUCUCGAGUCACCAUAACCCUAGGUCGCGCUGGUCAGUUCCCUGGGAAAAUGAGAAAAUGGGACAUUUGAUCGUUUAUUAUCAUCAGGUGGUUAAAAGGGCAGGUCCUGGUGUUGAUGAUAGUAGUUCAUUUGCUGAUUCACAACAUCCCGUUGGGGCUAAAAGAUCAGUUAGGGAUAGGCUGGGAAGCAAUGUGGAUUCAUCAUCCAAUUUUAACAAUAAACGCCAGCGAGGAGAUGUUAGUAGAUUGAGUCGAAGUGCCUCUAACGAUGUGGACGAAGAUGUUACUCUGAAUAAAGAUGACUUGCGGUUCAAAAUUAUGCACAAAACUAGUCUUAACAAGGGUCAAAGUUCCCGCCAGCUGAAUGGAAUGGACCUUCGUGACUUGCUGUCAAGGCCUGCCCAGUCUUCAACAAGUAGCCUAGGUACGCAGCAAUGGAUGCCUCAGCUGAAGGAUCCAAGAAAGCAUUUUCCAGAGCCGAGGGACGGUAGACACCAGAUGCUAGAGCCGAGGAAUGCUAGAUAUCUUAUGCCUGAACCAAGUGAUGGUAGACGACAUGUUUCAGAACCCAGGGAUGCUAGGCAGCCCCUUUCUGAAUCCAGGGAUGUUAGAUAUGUCAUGCCAGGGCCAAAAGAUGAUAGAAACCUUAGGCUGGGAUCAAAUAGUUCAAGCUUUCCUGGUCAAAUUCGAUCCUCACGAACUACUGAUUCUUUGCCACAUUUAGACUCGUUAAGAAAUUCUUAUUCUCCUUGGACUUUGGAUAGUUUGAGGCAAGGAGGUAGGGUUGCAGGUUCUUCUAGAGGUCUCACUCCGUCAAGGAGGAAUGAAGAGCUAGAGGAACUGCCUCUAGUAAGGGCUUACAAUGAAUCUAGGGGGAGUUCAUAUAUGAGCAAGGAAGCUUUGGAACAUUCAUGCCCCAUCAGUUCUGCUCCUUACGUGGCAAAAACAGCACAAACGGCUGCUCCUGCAAAGUCCAUGGCACCGCCACUUGCUUCGCUUCCUCCAUCAGUUACUCUUUCACAGAGAAGUUCAUACACAGUUGAGGAUCAACCUACAGUUGAUAGCUUUUUGCAUUCCCUGGGGCUAGAUAAAUAUGCCAUCAACUUUAAGGCUGAGGAGGUGGAUAUGUAUGCAUUGAAGCAGAUGCGUGACAAUGACCUCAAAGAGUUGGGAGUACCCAUGGGACCCAGGAAAAAGAUCAUACAAGCCCUGCUGGCUCGAGCUAAGAGGCAGAUAUGAAUCACACUUGGGAGGUAGAUAACAAAAUGUGGUUGAGAAGUUUCUAGAAAAGGUUAAGGGCAAUUUUGGACCCUACAACACAUGGAGAUUUGUUCUGAAAGGGUUCUGGAAGGCUAUGCAUGACCUACGCACACCCAUAUAGCCUUUGAGAUGUAAUGGUGGUGGUUGAUAGUUGCUGAUAACAUGUAUAAUUUUUGGCGGUGUUAGUUUCUAACGGCUAAUGUUAUAUGGAAGAUGUCCUGGUUUUACUUACUUUGACCUCUAAACGAGAUUUUUCUUUCCUUUCCUUUCCUUUCGGGUGCGAUGAGGGAAUUAGGGGGCUAGGGAUACAGGGAAACGGAAUUUGAAUCCCAUUCCCUUUAGCUUGGCAGACGUUUGUGAAUGACCAAUGUGCUAGCCCCAAUGGUUAUUCUCAGAUUCUAUA